UGGAGGUCGCUGGCGACGGUGGCGGUGGCGCGCGGCGGUGGCGGCUGAGUCGGCUGUUUUGGGUUGCCUCCCACGGCCCGGCCUGCCCCGCCCCUCUGCUCCUGCUGACUACCCCUUUCCUUGCCUUUGCACCUCUCCGGUUCUGGGUCUGUGGUGUUCUUGUUUGUGCGUGGGUUUGCGGGUUGCGCAGGCGCGGAGGGGGGAGAUUAGCCCUGUUAGGUGGACGGCGGAUCCCGGGAGCGCGCAGGCUAGACCAUGGCGGGCAGCAGCACAGGGGGCGGUGGGGUCGGGGAGACCAAGGUGAUUUACCACCUCGAUGAGGAAGAGACGCCUUACCUGGUGAAGAUCCCGGUCCCCGCUGAGCGCAUCACCCUCGGCGAUUUCAAGAGCGUUCUGCAGCGGCCCGCAGGCGCUAAGUACUUUUUCAAGUCUAUGGAUCAGGAUUUCGGGGUGGUGAAAGAGGAAAUUUCAGAUGACAAUGCCCGCCUCCCCUGCUUCAACGGAAGGGUGGUAUCUUGGCUAGUGUCAUCAGAUAAUCCCCCACCUGAGAUGGCUCCUCUAGCCCAUGAAGCUCGAACAGAACUGGCACCUCCACCCCCACCAUUACCCCCUUUGCCACCAGAGAGGACCAGCGGCAUUGGGGACUCGAGGCCUCCGUCUUUCCAUCCUAAUAUGUCCAGCAGCCGUGAAAAUCUGGAGCCUGAGACAGAGACUGAGUCAGUAGUUUCACUGAGGCGAGAGCGGCCUCGCAGGAGAGACAGCAGUGAGCAUGGCGGUGAGGGACAGCCCCUGGAGGAUGGUAGCCUGGGGGCCAGGAAGGGCUGGGCCAGCCCCCUGGCCUUGGUGGGGGUGAGGAGUGGGAAACCUGGUUCCCAAGCUUCCUAUUCAUAUGCAGCUGGGGGUCUUAGGCCUGGUGGCCCCUCCAGGCUAGAACGCCACCUGGCUGGGUAUGAGAGCUCCUCUACCCUCAUGACCAGUGAAUUGGAGAGUACCAGCCUGGGGGACUCGGAGGAGGAUGAUACCAUGAGCAGGUUUAGCAGCUCCACAGAGCAGAGCAGCGCCUCACGCCUCCUUAAGCGCCACCGGCGCCGGAGAAAACAGCGUCCACCCCGCCUGGAGAGGAGCUCCUCCUUCAGCAGCGUCACGGAUUCUACAAUGUCUCUCAACAUCAUCACAGUCACACUCAACAUGGAGAAGUACAACUUUCUGGGCAUUUCCAUUGUGGGCCAAAGCAAUGAGCGGGGAGAUGGAGGCAUCUACAUCGGCUCCAUCAUGAAGGGUGGGGCCGUGGCAGCCGAUGGGCGCAUCGAGCCAGGGGACAUGCUUUUGCAGGUGAAUGACAUGAACUUUGAGAACAUGAGCAAUGACGAUGCUGUGCGGGUGCUGAGGGAUAUUGUACACAAGCCCGGCCCCAUCGUGCUGACUGUGGCCAAGUGCUGGGAUCCCUCUCCCCAGGCCUAUUUCACCCUCCCUCGAAAUGAGCCCAUCCAGCCAAUUGACCCUGCUGCCUGGGUGUCACAUUCUGCUGCACUGACUGGUACCUUCCCAGUCUAUCCAGGCUCCUCAUCCAUGAGCACCAUCACAUCUGGAUCCUCUUUGCCUGAUGGCUGUGAGGGCCAGGGCCUCUCCAUCCAUACAGACAUGGCAUCUGUGACCAAGGCCAUGGCAGCUCCAGAGUCUGGGCUGGAGGUCCGGGACCGCAUGUGGCUCAAAAUCACCAUCCCUAAUGCCUUUCUGGGCUCAGAUGUGGUUGACUGGCUCUACCAUCACGUGGAGGGCUUUCCUGAGCGGCGGGAGGCACGCAAGUAUGCCAGUGGGCUGCUCAAGGCGGGCUUGAUCCGACAUACCGUAAACAAGAUCACCUUCUCUGAGCAGUGCUAUUAUGUCUUCGGAGACCUCAGUGGUGGCUGUGAGAGUUGUGAGUGUCCCUGUCUCAGCCCUGGUCCAGACCUAGUCAACCUAUCUCUGAAUGACAACGAUGGCUCAAGCGGGGCUUCAGACCAGGACACUCUGGCUCCUCUGCCUGGGGCCACCCCUUGGCCCCUGUUGCCCACCUUCUCCUACCAAUACCCAGCCCCGCACCCUUACAGUCCCCAACCCCCACCCUACCAUGAACUUUCAUCCUAUACCUAUGGUGGGGGCAGUGCCAGCAGCCAGCACAGUGAGGGUAGCCGGAGCAGUGGGUCAACUCGAAGCGAUGGGGGGGCAGGGCGCACAGGGAGGCCUGAGGAGCGGGCCCCUGAGUCCAAGUCUGGCAGCGGCAGUGAGUCUGAGCCCUCCAGCCGCGGGGGCAGCCUUCGGCGGGGUGGGGAACCUGGUGGGAGUGGUGAUGGGGGUCCUCUCUCUUCCAGAGGCUCAGCUGGGGGUGCUCCUAAUCUCCGAGCCCACCCAGGGCUCCAUCCCUAUGGGCCACCCCCUGGCAUGACCCUCCCCUAUAAUCCCAUGAUGGUGGUCAUGAUGCCUCCGCCCCCGCCCCCUAUCCCCUCAGCAGUACAGCCCCCAGGGGCUCCUCCAGUCAGAGAUCUGGGCUCCGUGCCCCCAGAACUGACAGCCAGCCGCCAAAGUUUCCACAUGGCCAUGGGCAACCCCAGUGAGUUCUUUGUGGAUGUUAUGUAGAACCCACUGUGGGACUAUGUUGGGCCUCUGCUCUUGGCCUAUCCAGACUCAGCUUGGUGCUCUAUACUAUGACUGGGUGUCUUGUCAAUCACGUGCCCUUUACUCCUUGCAGUGCCUAGGCUGAGCCUGUUGGCUGCUGUGAGGUGGUUGCCUCUGUGACUUGUCACCAGCAGUGCCUGGUUCCUCCCCCUUUCCUCAGGGGUAAACAAGGGACCUUUGGUUAUUUUUAGCUUUACUGUUUUUUUAAAUAAGCCUUUUGGGGGUUAAAAUAGAUUUUCUUACAUUUUUGAAACUAUUUUUUUAAAUAGACAUUUCCUUUUAUAUGAAGAAUCCUCAUCUCCUAGAGCCCCUUUUCUAACCCCAGAAUGUGAUCUCCUCCAGUUGCCCAAUUGGCACUGCCCUGUGCAGGGUAGGAGGUGGUCAUUGGUACCCUGGGAGGAGGAAGGGGUUGGUCACACUAGACAGUAGUCCAAGGAAGCUGGGGUAUUUGGCAUUUGGGGCCAUGUAGCUGCCUUUGUUACUCUAUUUAUUUUAGUCACUUGUAUAAAACACCAAAUAAAGCAAUAGAGGCAAACUC